GUGACACACCUCGGCUACGGGCUACAAUGCGUCUCAACCGCAUCCGAUACAUAAAGUCUGAGAUUCUUGUGGAUAAUGUUCCUGUCUCACAAUCAUUUAACAAUAUCUUUAUAAGUUCCCUCAUACUCUACAAACCCAUUGUCUUACAAACCUACUUCUCCAUCAAAAUGUUGUUUUCCACAGUCUCCGCGAACUUGCUCUUCUUGAGCGUCCCGUCUAUUGUCAUGGCGGGUCUAAUCCCCAUGGACAGUAGGGAUGUCCAAGCUGAUGCUGCCUGUUCCGACUUGGUGGUCAUCGUGGGAGGCCCAGAGCUCGUACCCGACUCGAAAAGAUCUCUGAUAGGCCCCGAACUCCCAGAGCGGAGGGACAUAUUCCCUAGGGCCAUUAAUGCAGAUCAGAAAGAAUCCCUCCGUUUGCACAACGUCGAACGCAAGAAGAAGAAAGUCGGGGCAAUGGUUUGGUCCCCCACGCUCGCAGGGUAUGCCCUCACCUAUGCCAAGAAGCUCGCCAAGAAUGGCAAACUGGCGCACUCUGCGUAUGAGGACCGAAUCAACCAGGGCGAGAAUUUAGCAUUUUCAUCAUCGUCGGUGCCUAUCAAACAACCCGGGGUUGUCGGUACUAAAGGAUGGAUCGCCGAACGACCGAAAUAUCACAACGAAGUCAUUCCAAAGGGAGAUUUUUCCGGAUACGGCCAUUAUACUCAGGUCAUGUGGAAUACGAGCACCAGGCUUGGUAUCGCAAGUGCCUCCGACGGAAAGGGGGGAUACUACACAGUCGCUCGAUACUCGAAGCCCGGAAACAUCGUUGGUUUGAGGCCUUACUGAGUUAUGACUUUGGUCAAAACAACGCGACGCGACGGAAAAUUGUAUGAUUAAUGGAUGGCUCUCUGUGUGAUGGUUCAACACCAUUAUGGAGAAGAGAAUCAAUGCUGGCUGGUAUUGUGCUUGGCGAUGGCUUUACGGAUGCUGGCGUAUUUAUUAUUCAGUUGAACUGUGGGAGGUAGUAGACAAAACAAAAAAAUUGGUACCAUGCAUCUUGAAGCCUCAGGUGACGCGUUCUAUUGCUCUUCUUAUUCUUAGUCACGACCGCUUUGGAGACAUUCAUCUCGCGAAUCGGAG